GCUGCCGCUGGGUCCGCCCGAGCAGCCGGGCCACCCCCAGCGCGGCCGGCCGUGCCGCUCGGGUCCGGCCCCCGGCCGAAAGCGGCGGGGGCCCGGCGAGCCUGGCGUUGGGGGGCCCCGGCACCCCCGGACCGGGGGGCCCGGAAGUCCUCGGCCGAGGGGCCCGGAGGGGCCGGAGCGACUCCGACUGAGAGGCCCGGACGCCCAGGACCCCGGGGAGGGGUCGGGGGACCCAGGGGUAUCCCCAAAGGCGGGAUUCCGGGAGCACCAGGCCCUUCGAUGAGCAGCUGAGGAGAGGCCUGGGUCGCGCUCGGGCUUGGGGAGUAGUGGUGAAAGGGGGGCGAAGGGUGAAGGACGCCCGCUGCCCGCCCGGGAGGAUCCCUCGGAGGCUUGGAGUGGGGAGCAAGAGCAGAGAGUGGGUUCUGCUGAAGAAAGAAGGGUCCACGCUUCACCCUGGGGCGCGUUAGAGGCCUCAGCCAUUCGGUCCAGGGGAAAAGAGGCAGGUGCUUCCCCGAAGGCGUGGUGACAGGUCCGGUAGUGGGAGCAGGGGACAAGGAAGAAGAGCUCCAAGGGAAAGUGAGCAGGCCCCUACCUUCCCUUAGUUGAGGGGGCGGUAGGAAGACACCUCAGAGCCUCCAGAGGCAGGAAUGAGAAGGGUCCUGAUCUGUGAGGGAAUAAAAGAGAGCUUGGAGUACCUCCUGAUACAGGAUGUAAUCUGAGGGGAAGAGGCUGAUGAUGGUUGUGACAGGGAUGCUACAGGCACUGGGGAAGCGAGAAGAUCCCCUCACAUCUCAUCAGGGACGUCACAGACGGCUUCUCUGAGAAAGUGAUGUUUUAAAUAAGUCACAAAAGUUUAGCAGUGACUUGCCAAAGAGGAAAGAGAAGAGAAUUCCAGGUAGAGCAAACAAGUAAAGGCUCAGGCAAACAGUUGCUGUGGCAGAGCUGAAGUGUGGAUUUGGUCGUCUGAGUACCAGUUACAUAUUCAAACUUGCAUCCAUUGUGAGUCUACGCAUAGUUCAGCACAGUCCUGAUCAUCUUCAAGUACUUGCAUACCUAACAGCCCCAGCUAUCUGACUUCAUGUGAAAGAUGGCUAAUGCGGAAGUGAGUGUCCCAGUGGGGGAUGUGGUUGUGGUACCCACUGAAGGAAAUGAAGGGGAGAACCCUGAAGACACCAAAACCCAAGUGAUCUUGCAGUUACAGCCUGUGCAGCAAGGUUUGUUUAUCGAUGGACACUUUUACAACAGGAUUUAUGAAGCUGGAUCUGAGAACAACACAGCAGUUGUGGCGGUAGAAACUCACACGAUACACAAAAUUGAAGAAGGGAUUGAUGCAAGCACUAUAGAAGCAAAUGAGGAUAUGGAAAUUGCUUACCCCAUAACUUGUGGGGAGAGCAAAGCCAUUCUCCUUUGGAAGAAGUUUGUAUGCCCAGGAAUAAAUGUAAAGUGUGUCAAGUUCAAUGAUCAGUUGAUCAGCCCCAAGCAUUUUGUUCAUCUGGCUGGCAAGUCCACCCUGAAGGACUGGAAGAGAGCUAUUCGUCUGGGUGGAAUCAUGCUCAGGAAAAUGAUGGACUCCGGACAGAUUGAUUUUUACCAACAUGACAAGGUUUGCUCCAAUACCUGCAGAAGCACCAAAUUUGAUCUUCUGAUCAGCAGUGCAAGAGCUCCAGUGCCAGGACAGCAGACAAGUGUGGUGCAGACACCCACUUCGGCCGAUGGUAGCAUCACACAGAUUGCCAUUUCAGAAGAGAGCAUGGAAGAGGCAGGGCUGGAAUGGAACUCAGCUCUCACUGCUGCUGUCACCAUGGCCACAGAGGAGGGUGUGAAGAAAGACUCAGAGGAAAUUUCAGAGGACACUUUGAUGUUCUGGAAAGGAAUAGCUGAUGUAGGACUGAUGGAAGAGGUUGUCUGCAAUAUACAGAAGGAAAUAGAGGAGCUACUCAGGGGAGUUCAGCAACGGCUCAUCCAGGCUCCCUUCCAGGUCACAGAUGCUGCUGUUCUCAACAAUGUAGCACAUACAUUUGGCCUAAUGGACACAGUCAAGAAGGUUUUGGACAACAGAAGGAACCAAGUAGAGCAGGGAGAAGAGCAGUUUCUCUAUACUCUUACCGACUUGGAACGCCAGUUGGAAGAGCAGAAGAAGCAAGCUCAGGAUCACAGGCUGAAAUCCCAGACGGUUCAAAAUGUGGUACUGAUGCCCGUGAGCACUCCUAAGCCUCCCAAAAGGCCCCGGCUCCAGCGGCCAGCCUCCACCACCGUCCUGAGCCCUUCUCCUCCUGUCCAGCAGCCUCAGUUCACAGUCAUCUCACCCAUCACCAUCACCCCAGUGGGUCAGUCAUUUUCCAUGGGCAAUAUUCCAGUGGCCACCCUCAGCCAGGGCUCCAGUCCUGUGACUGUCCACACACUGCCUUCUGGCCCUCAGCUCUUCCGUUAUGCCACAGUGGUCUCCUCUGCCAAGAGCAGCUCACCAGACACAGUGACCAUCCACCCUUCAUCCAGCUUGGCGCUGCUAAGCUCCACCGCCAUGCAGGAUGGCAGUACCCUGGGCAACAUGACCACCAUGGUGAGCCCCGUGGAGCUGGUGGCCAUGGAAUCUGGCCUGACCUCAGCCAUCCAGGCUGUUGAAAGCACCUCAGAGGAUGGGCAGACCAUCAUUGAGAUUGACCCAGCCCCAGACCCAGAGGCUGAGGAUGCUGAGGGCAAAGCAGUCAUUUUGGAGACAGAACUGAGGACUGAGGAGAAAGUCGUGGCUGAGAUGGAAGAACACCAGCAUCAGGUCCACAAUGUGGAGAUUGUGGUCUUAGAGGAUUAACUGGGGGUCUCGGGGCCAGGAGAUAUGUUUUGGUUUGGAAUUUUAAUUAUUUGUUUAUUUUUAUCAUUGUCCCACUCAUUUCCACAUAGGAUCCUUUUUUUUAAAAAAACAAAAUCUUGUUGUUGUAACUGAA